GAUAGAAAAACCUUGUAAAUUGUUCUUUUUCCUCAAUUCAAAUGCAUGUUCCUUACUAAUUGGUGAGACUUGAAAAAGAUAAGAAGUGAAAUGUCACUCAUGUAACCUUUGUACAGGGCAAAGUUGUAGUGGAUUGAAGGCAUAAGACAGGUCCAAUAACAAAAGCAAGUAUGCACAUGUACCCCCAACUAAAGACACCAAAGAGUAAGAGGAAAACAACCUUACACAACAAGAGUCCAAAAAUAACUAACCAACCAAAGGGGAGGUAGGUUUUAAUACUUCGUUAUACGCAGUAGAUGUGGAAACCAAAGUGGGGAGGGAUAUUGAAAGCAUGUAAAAUAAGGAUAUGAAAAUUGAAAGAAGACAGUUGUAAUAACUUUUCAGGACAGAGGGUGUGCUACAAUUUAAAAUGGUGUUUGGCCUUGGGAUCUUUUGGAUACACUAGAAUAACCAUAGAUGUAAACAUCACUGGAAGGUUUUUGCUUAACCUAAAAACACCAACUAGCAUGUGAGAAGGGCUCAAUCAUGGGACCACCACCACUAACAUAGUUUUAGAUUCCAUCAUUAGCAUGAGAAAAGGCAUUACCUAAUUCUAAUUAUCAAAAGGAACAAUAAUAGUUAGGCCACUUUGUACUCCAAUGUACUAAAGGUUGCAACUUACACUUAAGAAAAUCAGAAUACUAUGAUUAUACCCCGUUCACUCCAGAUUUGCUUUAAAUAAGACAUCCUAUACAAAUAGAAAUGUAAUUAUUUCUAUGCAUUACAAAUAGAAAUUUCCCAUCAUUUGACUUAGAUGAUCCUAAGUGGCUUAGAGAAGUCACUUUAAAUGUCUCCUUAGUGGCUUCCUCCCAAAGUAAUAAUGAAAAUACAGACCUCGAAUGCAUAUGACGAAAGGCCCCAACCCAAGGUACAGUUUGAACCCCUUGAGUAGUUCAACAUACAAUGCAAAAGUGGUAAUACAUAAAACACAAAGGUAAAAGGAUAACAAGAAAGAACCUGUAAUUCACAAAACAUAUGUGAACCAUAUUUACAGUUCAAUACUAAACAUUUUCAGGCCAGAAUAUAUCAGUAACCUAGGUUGCUCGGACUUUCCAAAAAUGUUACCACACCUAUGUCGGAUCCUCCAAAAAAUACACACUUUUGGAGGAUCCGACAUGCUCUUGGUGGCAUUUUUUGAAGAGUCCGACCAACAUAGUCAGUAACAUAACAUUUGAGCAUAGUUCUUUAAGAAGGAGAAGUGGAUAUGUUGUAACAUUUGCUGUGAUGUGGAUAUGUUCUUACAUACUUGGAGAAAGGACAAACUGUAGCCACAACAGUUGGACCAGGAGAGCACACCUUAUUACUUAAUGUAAAUAAUAUUCACAGUGCUUCAUUACAUAGCUCAACUCCAGUUCUAAACUUUCAACAAUCAGUAACUCAGAAACUCACCACCACCUCCAGCCCCUAUAAAUACCCUUGCUCCUGGACACUCGAGUUAGUGUCUCUCAAUAUCUCCUUCUCUCUCUUCCUCUCUCUUUCUCUCUCUCUAUAUAUAUCGCUCCCUCUCUAUAUAUCUUUCAUAAGUGCACGUGAGUAGGUGGUAUUUUUGCAUGGAUACAGAAGUGCAUGCAGAAAAAGGAUUUAUACACAGUUAAGCUCUCUCUAUAACACUCCAAAACAAGCAAACAAGAGGAAAGAGGAAGAAGCUUAAAGAAGAUGGCAGCAGAACAGACCAAAAAGCACCCGACAUUACCAGAGGUCAAGGAGGAAUUGAAGAAAAUAAUGGACAGAGGUUUUCCUAUACUUGCUAUGGGCUUGGCGACCUAUUUGAAAAACAUGAUUUUAGUUGUGUGCAUGGGAAGGCUGGGAAGCUUGGAGCUGGCAGGGGGUGCACUGGCCAUUGGCUUCACCAAUAUUACUGGUUACUCCGUAUUGUCUGGCCUAGCCUUGGGGAUGGAACCACUUUCUAGCCAGGCUUUUGGAUCAAGAAACUUAACUUUAGUGUCUCUUGCCCUCCAAAGGACAAUCUUUAUGUUAUUAACUGCAUCUAUACCUAUUGCCAUUUUAUGGUUUAAUUUUGAGUCUCUCAUGCUAAACCUACGCCAAGACUCACAAAUAAUACAUGUAGCAAGUGUAUUUUGCAGAUUUGCUGUCCCAGAUCUUAUUGCUAACAGCUUUCUUCACCCUUUACGCAUCUACUUACGGUGUAAAGGUACAACAUGGCCUCUAUUAUGGUGUACUUCACUUGCAACGAUGCUGCAUUUCCCUAUCACAGUUUACCUGACUUUUACUCUCUGUCUUGGGAUCCAAGGAAUUGCAAUUUCAACCUUUGUCUCCAACUUUGUCACCUUAUUCUUCCUUUUAGGCUAUAUUUUCUUUACUUAUGACCAAAAUGGAUCUCUAUCAAAACCCCUAGCAGAAAAUUUAAAACUUCUUCCUUCCAUUUUUGUGGGAGAGCAAUGGAUAAUGCUUCUUCAACUUGCUAUACCUAGCUGUUUAGCAGUUUGCUUAGAGUGGUGGUGGUAUGAAUUCAUGACAGUUCUAGCCGGCUACCUUGACAGACCUGAAGUUCCACUUGCUGCAUCUGCUAUCGUAAUACAAACCACCUCUCUCAUGUACACAUUGCCUUCGGCCCUAAGUGCUUCAGUCUCGAGCAGGGUAGGGAACGAACUUGGAGCAGGACGGCCAGCUAAAGCCCGCUUGGCGACAGGGAUAGCCAUAGGGCUGGCUUUUUUGACUUCAACAUUUGGAUUCUUACUGACCACUUUAGGGAGAGAAGCAUGGGGAAGAGUCUUUACAAAGGAUAGAGAAGUUCUGGAGCUAACAGCGGCUGUUCUUCCCAUUAUUGGACUUUGUGAACUAGCUAAUUGUCCACAGACAACAUGCUGUGGGGUUCUUCGGGGAAGUGCUAGGCCCGGUGUUGGUGCAGGUAUUAACUUUUACUCGUUCUAUUUGAUGGGAACACCAGUGGCCAUCAUUUUGGCCUUCGUUUGGAAGCUAGGAUUUUUGGGUCUUUGUUAUGGGCUUCUAGCAGCUCAAGUGGCAUGUGUAAUCUCAAUGUUAAUAGUCACUUAUCGUACUGAUUGGGAAGGAGCAUCCUUGAAGGCAAAAGAACUAGUGGGAAGAACUAAUGAACUCCCAUAUGAAGAUCAACUGGUAAAAUUUGAGGAGGGUAAUGGAUUUCUCAAAGGAUUUAGCUUCUGAAGAGGAAGGAAAUCUAAGGAUGCAAUGGUUGGAAAGGAAAAGGAAAGAGAUGGCACAGACAAGAAGAAAACAAAGAACGCUACAUUCUCUCAGUAUUUCGAAUCAUAGAAUAUGCAACAUGUAUCUUGGACUUUUGAUGUUAAAGAAACUAGUUUCAUAUCUACAGGAUUGUUGAUGGGAUCAUAGAAGUAUAGGCCAGCAUAAGUGUGUAGCCCAAAUUUGUAAAUGCAAGAGGCUUUUGGUUCGCAUUUUCUAGAUGUCAAUAUAUGUUA